UUCUGAUUGGCCCAUUUAUCACUUUGUUUGAACUGGACGACGCUCUGUCCAAUUGUUAGCUCGUAGAAUGUAGGAAAUUAUAAUGAACUUAGUUUUUCUUUUUUUUUUCUUUCUUUUCAGGUGUUUUUCGUGGACUAUGGUAAUUCUGAGUGGACAAGUGCCAACCACGUGAAGCGCAUGCUCCCUCACUUUCUUCAUCUUCCAUUCCAAGCUCUCGAAUGUUUCUUAGGGAAUGUGGAGCCUAUUGAUAACGUGGUCGGAAAUGGUACAAAAUGGUCCCCGGAUGCUGUAUCAACUUUCAAAUCGCUUACAGAGGACAAAGUAUUGAUAGCACACAUCCUUUCCAAGGCGUGGAAUCAGACUAUUUAUGUUGACUUGUUCGACACGGAGGGUGAAGAAAUUCACAUAAACAAAGUGCUGAUCGAAAGGGGGUUAGCAAAAGAAACAGACCACACAGUCAGCAAUCCCUGGAAUAUUGAAGCAAGUUUUAAAUUCAAUCCCCAUAUGACCUUUGGUCUUCCAGGAUGAUGUUUCGUUGCGUUUUAUUCAACAGUCACGCUAGGAUGCGUGAACAAGGAAAAAACCGUGACCAAGGGAAAAAAAAUGUCACGCGGCUAGCUAGCUGAGCGUCGUGG